GGAAGUGACGUUACGAAAUAAACAAAAUGGCAUUGUUUCAUUUUUAUUGUAGCAAGUAGUAUUAUUUAGUAUUAGUAUAUUGGUACCACAGUUGUAAUAGACGUCUAGAUAAUUGUCGUACAUGUUAAGAAUAUUUCAUUUCUGUCUUCGCUUGCAGAUGUGAUUUCAUUCCGUUUCGUAAUUUAUUUUGUAUUGAGUACGUGUACCAAUUAGCAUGGAGACACCAAGCAUCAAAUCGCUAUUAAGACUUGGUCAGUCAAUUAAUUGGUAUGAUCCCCAGAUAAUUGGGAUUGUAAUUGCCAUCAUCAUUGUUCUGAUUACAACAGUAUUUGUAAUAUGGCAUCGUAAGAAGACUGCAAGGAGGAGUGUCUUACUGAUGGGACUGAGUGAUUCGGGAAAGACGGUGAUCUAUUCUCAGCUGCUGCACAAAAAGUUUGUUCAUACCCACACGUCUGUCAAGGAAAACAGUGGUGAAUACAACUCUGGCAAUGGUUUAUUAAGAAUUGUUGAUGUUCCGGGACAUGAACGACUUCGGGCAAAGUUCUUUGAUGAAUAUAAAGGAGUAACAAGAGGUAUUAUUUAUGUUAUAGACUCUGUCACCUUCCAGAAGGACAUUCAAGAUGUAGCUGAAUUCCUGUUUACCCUGUUGUCUGAUAUUGUCGUGGCCAACAACUCCCUCCCAUUUCUCAUUUUGUGCAACAAACAGGACCAAACUAUGGCAAAAGGAUGUUUGGUUAUCAAGUCAUUGGUUCAGAAGGAAAUGAAUGUGCUACGUAUGACGAAGUCCAGCCAGUUGGAAAGCACGAAUGAAGCUAUGAACAACAACACUUUCUUGGGAAAGAAAGAUAAAGAUUUUGAGUUUGCACAUCUGCUUCCGAUCAAAGUAGAUUUUGCUGAAUCCAUUGCAGUGAAUGUGGAUUCUGAGAAGCCAGCAUCGCUGGAAGCUGUGGAAAAGUGGCUCAUACAGAUAGCUUGAAUUGAGUCAAAAACAGAUUCUCAAACAAAAUGUCAUAUCUCUGUGUAUAGUACUUAUAAUAAAUUCCAGUUUAUUCAUUCCAAU